GCGCACCACGGACAGCUUCGCUAACCAGCAACUGCGCACGUGCUCCGGAAUAGUACAGGCAACAUCUAGGGGGAAGGGAGUGUGAAGAAGGUGCGAUGGACCGGUUAUCGAGGAUGUUGGCUGCCGCUCAAGGCAUGGGCGGUGGCGGCGGGGGAGCUCCUGCUCAGGACACCAACAUCAUCGACAAUGCGGAAAUGGUCUACAUCUCCUCACUCGCUCUACUGAAGAUGCUGCGCCACGGCCGCGCUGGUGUGCCGAUGGAAGUCAUGGGUCUCAUGCUGGGCGAGUUCGUUGAUGACUACACCGUCCGCGUGGUAGACGUCUUCGCCAUGCCCCAAUCAGGCACAGGUGUCUCCGUCGAGGCAGUCGAUCCUGUCUUCCAAACAAAAAUGAUGGACAUGCUACGGCAGACAGGGCGCCCCGAAACAGUGGUAGGCUGGUACCACUCCCACCCGGGCUUCGGCUGCUGGCUCUCCAGCGUCGACAUCAACACCCAACAAUCCUUCGAACAACUCACCCCGCGCGCCGUCGCCGUCGUCAUCGACCCCAUCCAAUCCGUCAAGGGAAAAGUCGUCAUCGACGCCUUCCGCCUCAUCAACCCGCAAACCCUCAUGCUCGGCCAAGAACCGCGCCAAACCACCUCCAAUCUCGGCCACUUGAACAAACCCUCCAUCCAAGCCUUGAUCCACGGCCUGAACAGACAUUACUACAGCAUCGGCAUCGGCUACCGCAAAACCGCGUUGGAGGAAAACAUGCUCAUGAACCUCCACAAGACCGUCUGGACCGAAGGCCUAACCAUGCCGGACUUCCAAUCCGAAUCCGCGCGUAACCUGGAGAAUCUGCAGAAGCUCGCCAAACUGGCGGACGGGUACGAGAAACGCGUCAAGGAGGAGCAGGAACUCACGAAGGAGCAGUUGCGGACGCGGUAUGUGGGUAAGGUGGACCCGAAGAAGCACAUCGAGUCGCUCGGGCAGCAGGUGAUGGAGGAUAACAUUGUCGCGGUGACGAGGCAGAUGAUCGACAAGGAGGCCACUACGGCGGUCGGGGGCGGGGGCGGAACAGAGGGGGUCGGGGUGCAGCAUUCACGGUUCGCGGCGGCGGGGAAGAAUGGGCAUGCGAACGGGAACGGGGCGGGGAAAGGAGGCGGCGCCGCGGGAAUGGAGGUGGAUGGUGAGGGGGACGAAGAACUCUAGGAGGUCGUUCGAGUCCCGUCGCCGGUGUCCCCUUGGCACGGGCGGAUGUGGGGUGCUCCCGGGUCCGAAGCUGCGGGUGGGCGAGGCUAUUUUCGCCGGUAUCGUCAUGCUGCGCAAGCUGCGGACACGCGUGGUAGUGCGGCACGACCUACCCCUAUCCACGGCAUCGACUCCGCGUCCUCGUCAUCGGCGUCAUCCUCAGUAUCAGUAUCAGUAUCAGUAUCGUCGGGACUUUCAAAUCACACCCUCGUCCCUUCGUCCUCGUUC